AUGGACCCAGCCAAAUCCACUUUCUCCCCUCCUCAUCCCCGUGGAAGACCUCACCACGAGGGGGUGAAAAUGUAUUCCGACCGCGCGAAGGCGCUGCGCAUAGCCCCUCUAAAGUAUUCCCUCGUGUUUCUGCUGAACAUUGGCGAGGUUUUCAAGAUGGUAAACGACAGAAUCAAGCACUGUCAGGACUGUGUAAUCAAGUACCGUGACAUGCUCUCCGAUACUCGAAUACGCAUCCAGGAGCUCCAAUUGAGUCUCGAAGAGAUCAAGUUCCUCACCGCUCUCGACGAACAGCGAUUUAACUUGCUCAAUGUCCGGAUCCACGUGGCCAUCAUCCGCCACCGUACACUUCAACCGCCUCUCGAGCCCAACUUUGUCGUCAUCUCCAAUAUGACCAACCCCGAUGGGUUACCGUCUCUCCAUAUCCACCUUCCGCUGUUGAACUUGAGUAUGACCGAGGCGGAGUGCGAGCACAUGUGGACCUACUUCGAAGGCAUGCAGGCUUCGUUGGCUCGUCUCAAGGUCAGAGAGUGUACAAACAUCGCCAGCCUCCGGGACAAGGCGUUGCGGGCACAAGCUUGUCUCACAUAUAUGACACCCAUUUUGAAAGGGGUAGUCGACCUCCGCAAGGCAAUUCUGCGCUGUAUCAUGGUAGCGCAGUGGCGCAUGGAGAUGGCCUAG